UGAGGCUCGGCACAAGCCAGUGUCCUGGUGCUAUCGGAGCGAGGAAGGGCUAAGCGCGGCCAGUCUUGCUUGUAAGCGUAAGAUUCAGGGUCAUGGCUACCGUGUUGGCAUCAGGUUAUCAAGCUACCAUGGUACCGUCAACUCCCUUACCAUACGUUUUUUUCACAUCGUCUCGCAAACUCACCAGCUUCACAUCGAUUCAGUUACCAAUAAAGUAAAUGCGCGGAAAGCCCCACUCACCUACCGGCAAUUCGGAGCUAUGAUGGACAUGGAAUGGGAACGAGUUUCAUGGCGUCGCUACGCAGCGCACUUCUCGCUGUGCGUAUUGACAGUCUACAUCUCCAAUCUCAUUACGGAAACACCUUUCCCUACAGCCAUGAUCUGGGGCGGCGCGCCUUAUAUCGGUCUCAUCGUUUCGCUCGCUACCCAGUUUGGGCCACCAGGUGUUCCCGCGUCGCAGAUGUAUUGCUCCAUCACAGCUGUCAUGCUAUUGUAUCUUGACAAAGCUGCGACCGCUCUCGGCAAGGCCGCUGAACCAAGUUUUGACAACACUGGAAUUCAACAUCAUGCAGUUCACUUCGCGCUUGCUUUCUUCGUUCUGUCGGAGCUGGAGUACCGUCGGCAAUAUAUUGUGGCGAAAGGCAUGGAGCACUUUCGUAACUACCCGUUGGACUUGUUGCUUGCCGAGAUUAAUCUCACCUUCAAUGUCUCUCGCCAUCCAAGUGUAUACUGUUAUGCGGCAUCUUACACCGAAACGGGUGGAUUUAAACGAGGGCCCUGGCUAGGCUCGCUCUUUAUGGUCCUGGAUUUUUAUUCAUUUUCUUUGAUUGGUGGCUGCUUCAACUAUGGGAUCAUGCUCAUGGUCAACCAAGGCCAUACAACGGAUUUACACUUCAUGUUUGCGAUCUUCAACUCCAAUGUCUUCUUCAAUACAAAAAACCUGUGGGUUCUCUCACUGGGCCAUGGGGUUCUAUCCAGAUUCGUGCGUCAGGCCAACUUUAUCACGGUUUGGGGAUUUCUUCGGGCUUCGGCUCAAGCUCUUGACUGGUGGAACGGCAACGACACAGCUUCGUUGGACAGUCGAUACCCAUCAUCGCAAAGCCUGGAGACUGACUAUAGCCUCCUCCUUCCGGGCAAGACUGAAGAGAAGGUCUAAUGCUUCCUUCGAAGAGUUUCCCAACGCCCUAGUCUCUACUCAUAACUUGUACACACAUCUCACUGCCAGUACCAUUACCGAUGUCGGACACGGAAACCCAUCAGCAGCAACGCGCAUCUCCCCAGCUCCUUGGCCUACCAAUCCCUUACGCCCACGUCAUGAGUACAUAUACGAGAUACCUUCUAUUACAGGAAACCGGGAACGAUACCACCUUCAUCGCCUAUCGGUCAAAACGU